CGCUGUUCCGUUCUGUUCCGUUCGCGACGACUCUCGUGAUAGGCCAUCUCUUCUCUCCGUCGUCGUCCACUCGCCGAUCCAACAUUCCAAAGGCCGGGUCACUUUACCAGCCUUGCCUCCCCGUCGACACUGCUCUUUGGUUCUUGAAGUGAACGACCUACUACACCAACGUCAUUAUGUACUGCACACGAUUUAUCGCACCAGUCGCCAGGUCCACCUUGGUCGCUGGAACCAAGAGCUACCUUCGGCCACUGAGCAGUGCAGCACUCUGCCAAAGCCAGUCUCUCCAGGAAAACCAAAGGCUCGUUCCAUCCACCGUCGCCUUGUCGCCAAUCGUGCGCAAUUUCCAAACCUCCACCAUCAGUCGCGACAUUGAUUCUGCCGCCAAAUUCAUCGGCGCAGGUGCUGCCACCGUUGGUGUUGCAGGAUCAGGUGCUGGAAUUGGAUCGGUAUUCGGUUCGUUGAUCAUCGGCUACGCGAGGAAUCCAUCCUUGAAACAACAGUUGUUCUCGUACGCCAUUUUGGGCUUUGCCCUGUCCGAGGCCAUGGGUCUUUUCUGUCUUAUGAUGGCCUUCUUGCUCCUUUUCGCCUUUUAAGUUAUCAUACCUUCAUAACCAAAUAUCGAUAGUUUUAGUGCGUUGCUGUUUCGGCCCUGGCGCACUAAACAUUGACGUUGCGAGUAGUACUAAUUUGAACUCUUUUGUUACUCGAACGAUUCAUCAUUGUUGUGCCGUAGAGUACGCACGUUGUUGAGGUGACUCUUUGAGAGGAAUCUGUACAGUGAUAUCGAAUAAACAUCUUUGUCGUGAGA